GCAUAUCUCGCCGUUCAUCCAAGCAGUGCCAUCCACGUGCAACCGCGUUCCGAAAAAAGUUCUCCUUCGGUGAUUCCACCUUAGCGGAAACGGAGUUCACUGCGGAACCUAGGAAACGAAUGGAGAACUGUGAACAUACCACGGAGCGUCUCUUCAUCCGCGGAAAAGUACAUUGACGGCAAUCACGGAAUUAUUUGUGAUUUCCGCGGGACAUUGCUCGUCUUUCUUCAACGACUCUGGAGGGACAUUACACUGUACCUCAAGUAUAGCGUCGUGCACUCAACGGUCACGAAGGCAAGUGUUGCAUCUGGACGUGCGAGUGGGGGACAAGCGCCACGUUGGAAGAUCUGAAAGUGUAGCAUCGGCUAUCACGAGACGCGUUCGAGAUAGUCCAGGCUAAGUGUGUCGGAACAAGUAAGUUGCACUUCAUCAGGAUUCAGGAGUGAGUUACGAAGACGUUGCCGUUCAAAGGUCACGAAAACGGGCAAGUGCUCCUACAGUACAGGCAAACGCUGCACAGUUAGCAAGUUUUGCGACACGUCUUUCCACAUAAUAUCCGGAAAGCAGAGUCCUAUAUCAGAAGCACGUAGUAAAGGCUCUACGGCGUGCCAAGCCUUUUUCUCGGACCCAGCGAAAGUUACACCGUGUCAGCGUGCGUGCCUUUUCGUUCCCAAAGAGACGUCGCUUGUCUUGGCGAGCCAACUUUUACGGCUUAGAUUGCCUCUAUAACCUCGGAACGUUCAAGUGAAGAUUGCCGUUGCAGUUGUUCAAGGCACUUCUCACGGGCAUCCUUCAACGGUGAAACUACUCUCUACUUCGGAACCGUUGAGGAGAACUCAGGGUAAGACGCGUCAGCGUAUCGCCGAGGGAUCGUCCGGAAGCACUCUCCAAGGCUGCACGAUCUCUUUUCUCUCACCAUGGUCACAGGCGCCAUGCAUCCAGACCAAGCUUCACCAGAAAAGCUUUUGAACGGCAAGUACGAGAGCGCCGUCCACUAUGAAGAAAACAGCGAGCAAACAAACCUCAAGAGGUCUAACUCUGUCGGGUUACGGCCCGAGCUUGGACUUACGAAUGGUGUGGGUAUGAUUGUAGGGGUCAUCAUCGGUGCCGGCAUCUUCGUUUCGCCCACUGGUGUCAUACGGUACGCCGGUUCCACCGGUAUGUCACUCGUGGUGUGGGUCGCAUGCGGUGUUCUUUCCAUGAUCGGUGCCAUGUGCUACGCCGAACUGGGAACCAUGAUUCCCAAAUCCGGUGGCGAUUAUGCGUACCUGAACGCUGUCUACGGUCCUCUACCGGCUUUCAUCUACCUGUGGAUGUCGCUCUUGGUCAUCAUGCCCACGCACAACGCUAUACAGAGCCUCACGUUUGCGAGUUACCUGCUCGAGCCCUUCUUCCCGGAUUGUCUGCCGCCAGCGAAUGCGGUCAGAUUGAUCGCUGCUGCUGUUCUUUGCUUGCUCACAUUUAUCAACUGCUACAAUGUCAAAUGGGCUACAUUUGUUCAAGACUCCCUCAUGUUUGCCAAGGUCAUUGCGCUAGUCGUCAUUAUCAUAGCUGGAAUGGUGCAUCUUGCACAAGGGCACACUGGAAACCUUCAAAAUCUGUUUGAAGGGACCACAAAGGAUCCAGGUCUCAUCUGCCUUUCUUUCUACUCUGGCCUAUUUUCUUACGCCGGCUGGAAUUACCUGAACUUUGUCACAGAGGAGCUUAAGAACCCAUUCAGGAACUUGCCAUUUGCUAUCUACAUUUCACUACCUCUGGUGACGGUCAUCUAUCUGCUUGCCAAUGUUUCCUACUUCGUGGUGUUGACGGCAGAUGAAGUUCAAUCUGCUAAUGCAGUCGCUGUGACUUUUGGUGAGAAGAUUUUAGGAGUGAUGUCAUGGGUGAUGCCCGUCUCUGUUGCUCUCUCUACGUUUGGUGGCCUCAAUGGAGGCAUUUUUGCAUCUUCAAGGUUAUUUUUUGUCGGUGCUCGUCAAGGUCACCUUCCAUCGUGCCUGGCCAUGAUUAACGUCUCUCAUUACACACCAACACCUAGUUUGGUGUUUUUGUGUCUUCUCAGCCUUCUGUACCUGACAAACACAGAUGUGUUUGUUCUCAUCACCUACACUGCCUUCAGUGAAGCCAUGUUCAUUAUGAUGUCUGUUGGAGGACUUCUUUGGUUGAGGUACAAGCAGCCUAAUGCUAAAAGGCCCAUUAAGGUGAACAUAAUUCUUCCAAUCAUCUUCUUUAUCAUCUCGUUGUUCCUGGUUGUGCUGCCGUUCUUCAGUGAACCCCUGGAGACCUCAAUUGGAGUUGGCAUUGCUCUUUCGGGAAUUCCCGUUUACUUCCUUACAAUCUACUGGAAAGAGAAGCCAAAGGCUUAUCGCAGGGGAAUCUUCUGGCUUACGGAAUGCGUCCAAAAGCUGCUCUACAGCGUCCCUCAAGAAGACAAGUUUGAUUGAAGGCCUUCAUUCCACGUUCAUCUGUUCAGAAACUGUCAGCUUUGUGUUUUGUUUCCUGUGGCAAGAAGCAGUUAUGGCUUACAGAAAAGGGGGCACACUAUACAGUAGUAGCCAAUGACUUUUUUUUCUCUCUCUCUCUCUCGGUAGUACGAGCUACAAAACAUCUUCCAUGUGCCUUGCACUUAAACAAGGGUGUAUCAGCGUUACUCCGUGAACUUAGUACAUUUUAGAAAACCAUUUUUAUGCUUUGCAAUUCUACUUUUAGGUUUAAUUUACUGGUUGGGUCAGUCAAAUGAUGGCCAUGCAUCGGUGCCUAAACGCAAUUUCCUUAUUUAAGUGUUGUUGAUGCAUAUUUGGCAGCUUCUCAUAACUGCAAACACUUUUGUUUUUGCAGUGUGACUUCGUUGUUUUUGCACACCAUUUGUUAGCAUAUGUUUAGGAUCUGUGUUAUGUACAUAGUUUCGUGUCCCCUGUACAUAAUGUAAUUUUAGGGUAUAUUUUUGCAUGUGCACAUGUGAGUCCUUGAUGAAUGUAUGAGAAAAAUAUCAUUUAUUGCGGUGGCUUUUCAUGGCUGUUUUUGUGAAAGCUGAAACUAUCUCAUCUGCUACUACAUAAAUUAAGUAUUGAAACCAAAUGUAACUGCUAUAUCGAGGCAGGGUACAGUGUUAAAUUUUUCAGCCCUGUUGUGUGUGGAUAACUAGAGCCUGAAGUUUUAGGGUUUUACCAGGUUCUUCCUCAAAUUUGCACCCUGAAUUGAAGGUUGCCUCUUUAGGGUGAAACCAGAUUUUUACCCGGCAAAUUGCCCUCACUGGGAUGUCCGUAGCAAUUCACUUACUUACUUGUUUGGCAACAAAUGCAGUUACAUCACAGUUCGCACCAAACCACUACAGUUAGUGUGAGUAACUGAGCCCGAUUUCUCCCCGAAUUUAGCAUACUGCAAGUUUGUUCACCUGCAUUUGCAUGAAUUUAAAGCACAUGUUUAUUUACCCGAUUUUUACCCCCCAAAUUUAGAAAAAAAUAUUCCCUGAAAACUUCAGGCUCUAUGGAUAACACAGUUGUUCAGAUCAUAGCAGAACAAAUAGCUGUACACAUGAAACCAUGCUGUCCAGCAUUGUUGUGCAGUUCAUUUGGUAUGUCUUACACAUACCACAUGAACGUUACCACAUACAUACAUGCAUACAUACCAGAUGUGUUGUAAUGUAAAUUGCGUUACUAGUUUCUCUAGUAUUACUGCAGUUUUUCCAGUGGUACUGCAUGAUGCAUUCAGUACAUCAAAGGUUACACUUAUUCAAUUACCUGUCAUAGGGUACGGCAUGAUUUUGCAACAGUACCUAAUGAUCAACCUAAUAAUCAACAGUACCUAAUGAGUAUGCAAAAAUGAAUAUUUAUCUUACUUCAUUGCAAAUUUUCUUACAAAAAUGGAACGGCAUGUUUUAUGUGAUAAAAUAUAAUCUAUUGCAUUGUCCAUAUAAUAUAUGAUAUGAUAUUCUAUGCGCAUAAGGAAACUGAGGGAAAGCUACGUGAUUGAAAUAGUAACACUUUGGGGAAUUUAAGACAGAACCCAAUCAGCCACAUAAGGUAAGAGGUACGUGACAUCCAAUUUUGGACACACUUGUAGUAGGUGCCUUGAGCUUUUCCAUGCAGCUGUACCGUGGCUGCAUAUAUGGGACCAUUGCAUGAGAGCUGCUUUGUGUAUGACUGGUUAUCAACAAAUUGUUAAUCCUGUCACAAUUUUCCAUCGUCUCCUAUUGAUAAUGGCUACUGAAGAGGAUGUGCAGCAAGAGAAGUGAUUAUGUUGUUAGUUCAGGAACAAUGUGGAAGCCACUGUGCCAAUUUUUCCAUUGUUCCACGUAAGUGCAAUGUCUUUCUGCAAUGCUCUGUCAGUUCUAACUAGGGUGUUUACUUUUGUCAUCAAAGGGUAGCAGUCAUUGUUACUUAUACAUGUACCCAAAUGCUGCAGGUUCGAAUUUUGGCUAAUCGCUGCCCCUGUCAGCAUGUGAAAUUCAGUGUACUGCUGCAGAAGCAGAGAACGGGGUGAUUUGGGUACUGUACCUCUUAUCAUGAAGAGGUUUUGUGAGGAUAGUUGCAGAAUUUGUUGGUAAAGUUUGUUUUGAAACAGACAUAUAUAAUAGUUUAAAUAAUCUCUCUCCUUUAUAUGUCACUGAAAAUCUUGGUAUAGAGUUUGAGUAUCUUCCCACAAAUGGAUCAGCAUUCAGUAAAUAACACUAAAUCAGUGUGAUUUCAUGGAAACCAAAGAACUUAAUGAAAAGAAGAUAUGCUUCAUGUACUCGUGCAUUUAUUUAUAACCUGAGGCAGUGGAUAUUGUCUUAGUUUUAUGUACAUAUCUGAACAGUUUUGCUUAAUUAAAAAAAAAAGAUUAUGUAGUUAAUGAACGGAUUUUGCGCUCUGGCUUUCUGCCAGUGUUAACAAAGUAGUGUCCAUGAAUGUGGUAUAUUGCUUCCCAGCUGGCCAAGAAUGGCAGCUGAUAAAAAAGCACCAUCAGUGGGAUACACCCUGUGUUUCUUAGUGUGGCUUGCUUGUGGUGGUGAGAGGGUAGCUGGUGUGGGGCAACUGGCAGCAUCGCUUACCGGAAUUUGGAGGUCGUGGGCUGGGAUCCCACUGCUGGUGCUUUUUUGUCGAUUGCCAUUCUCUCUCAUUUCUUGGUUGUGGCAGCAGUGCUGAAGGUGUGGACUGAAUGAUUGCUGAAAAACAUCACCACAAUGGAAGGUCACAUAAAAGUUUGGAUGAGUGCGGGUGUAAAGGACUACGAACUAUGUUUGUUGUGCCCCUGUCUAUGGUACAUGCACCUGCACUCGAGGAUUUUCUAAAUGUUGAAGCUUUGUCUCGCCAUGACGUACUAGCUAUUUUAAAAUAACAGUUGAGAAAAUACUUCCGAGGCUUCUGGUGGCGCAAAGCUGGUAUUAUGGGAGGACCUUUGGAUGUGUGGGACAGAUCCACAGGUAAAUAUGGAAGUUAAUGGUCCACGGGGCUCUCACUGGUCGUUGAGACCCUUGAACACCCUGAAAUUUCAAAAUGCUAUUUUAAUUCCACAUCUGUCUUAUUCUCGUGGAGCUGCAGCAUAAAUUCUGCUUAUCCGAGAACUAUUACACAGAUUACACAAUAUUACAUUAUUCUGCUUGACAGAACUUAUGUCAGAACUAUAGUUUCAAGCAUACAAGAAACGAACAAUGCCCUCCGCUGUAUUCAUUCGCCAUGCUUUCUAUCCUAUGAUCGUUAACAGUCAGGAGCCGUAGGACGCGUUUGAACAGAUCACCGUUGCGCACUCUCCAUGUAUUCUGUCGUGUCAUACCCGUUGCUCAAAUAUCUUUGUGAAAUACCGAAGUCCUGGCCAUAACCAUGUGUCACAUCCCGGUCAAAAUCACAACAGAUUCUUAAAUGGUCCUUGAAAGACCCUUGAAUUUUUGUUUCAAAAUUGAGCGUGAACCAUAGGUCCACUCCAUGGGCAACAUUUUUAUUCUAUCCCUCGUUCUAACCUACUAGUACGAAGUUCACCAGAGGGGCAAGAAAAGUGUUCCAAUUGGAAGCUUGCUUGUAAUUUCAGCUCUUGUUUUUGGUGAAGUUGUGUUCACAGUGUUGCCGAUCUCGAGAGUGUCAUUUUAACCCACCUGAGAAUUCUAAAAUGAGCAUACGAAAUGUGAAUGCUUUCUGUUCCUGGCAUCCUAGUGAAUUCAGCAAGGUUGAGGCGAUAAUUAAGCGGAGUGUAUAUACUUUACCCUUGAGCUCACUUGCAAGUAUAACGUGUUAUGGGAUCCAUAUAGGUUAUCCAUGGUGGGAUUCUGUUCAGAGAAAGGGGCAGCACCAAAAACUUUUUAAAGAUCUCCUGGUGGUCACAGUGCAAUAAUUUGUUUCAAGGUUGUUCACUUUUCACAUAAAGUACCGAAGUACUCCUGUAAAGAAAUGACACUACUUCUACCUUGCUACGUUCUGAUAUUACUUUGGUCAUUGGUAAAAAGUAAAGCAUUGCUUAUAUUAUCUAGGACGUUGCUCAAAAAUUGCUCGUCCUGUACUGUGAGCAACUGUACUUGGAAUUCGAAGAAUACCAAAUGCAUAAUUGUGUGUUUCAUGUAAUAAUGUUCGUAAUUUUUACGUACCUAACCAGUGGCCUUGAUUGGGAGAUCCUGCUGCUUUGUGAAACAUUUUGCACUAUCAAAACCAACAUACCUUAUUCUGCUAUUACAAAAUGCUUUAGUUUCUGGGCUCCAGUUGUAACUUUUACUAGAAUAUGAUGCAUAGCAAGAAGGGCAAGAAAAUAAACUGUGCAGCAAAUAGGAGCAGACUCCAACCUUCUUAAUCAAUAGCUCCUCCAUUUUCCUUGGUUAUGUCUUUGAAAAACAAAACCAUGAUCCCUUUAAAGGUGCAUCUCUUCUGCAAAUUGUGUACGAAAGUGCGAUUUUAUGAGCAGUUUUUGGAGGGUAGGUCCUGUGCCUUUCCAUAAACAGCACAAUCAAAUGGAUGAUUUUGAAAUGAUGCAGCAUAUUGUAGAUGAUCACAGACACAGAACAUUUGGUCAUGGGCACAAGUUCAUUGGGUGAAAACUUUAACGUGUUCUUGCGUGAAUUUCAACAGUUCCUACGAUGGGGCAUACAACAGUCCUAAUUUAAAUAUUGUUAGCAUAUAUUCUGUACUUAAACUUAUUCUAUAAUAAGUUCUGUAUUUACAGUGAGUUCAAAGCGUGGCUUGUUGCAUGCAAACUUUUUCCUGUCAUCAUGUGUGUUGCCGCUGGUGCCUUUCUCUGUGAAUGAAUACAUGUAGGGUAGACUAUGGUAAAUGCUGACUGUAUUUACGAGCAGGAUGAUAGCUGCUGUGGGAUGUGGUAUUUGCUGCUGAUACAGCAAUGUGUGUUUGUAAAAAUAAAAGGAAAAGCUGUCCCUAUA